AUGUUAAAUAAAGCAAAUCAUCAAAUUUUAAUUGAUUAAGUAAUUAAUUUUUUGUUUGUUUUAUUUGUUAAAAUAAAAAGGAAAUCAAAAAAAUAACAAACAAAUCAAUCAAUAAAGGAAUUAAAAAAUAAAGAAAGUAUAUAUAUAAAUUGCAUCCUUAUCAAACAAAAGAGAGAGAGGCAAGCAAUUAUAAAUACAAAUAGUAGAUUUUUAUUUUUUAAAGAGAGUAUCAAGUAGAUAGGUUAGUUGUGGCUAAUAACCAGACAUCUAAGCAUAUAAGCAAGUUAAUAAGCAAACAAGUUAUCUUUAAUUUCAAAAAGUUAAAGUGUUUUAGAAAAUAGAUAAGCGCGAGUGAAAGCAAACAUAUUAAUCAGUCAGUCAGUCCAAUAAUUGAUAUAUAUCUGA